AUGGGGCUGGCCCAGGUGGAUAUGGGGUGGGACCUGGAGGCUAUGGAGGCACUGGUGGAGCUGGGACCCUCGGUGUUGGAAGUUAUGGAGGAAGGGGUGGUGGUACUGGCAUUGGUCCUGGUGGCUUUGGUCCAGGUGGCUUUGGGCCUGGCAGUUCUGGUGUUGGUAGUUACGGACCAGGUGGAACAAGGCCAGGUGGUUAUGGACCCAGUACUGCAGGGACAGGACCAGGUGCUGUCGAAACAAGGCCAGGAGGUUUUGGACCAGGCGGUGUUGGCACAGGACCAGGCGGCUAUGGACCUGGUGGAGCUGGUGUCAUUCCAGGUGUUUAUAGUCUUGGAGGGGUAUGGAUCAUCGUCACUUGGGGGAGCUGGUUAUGGGCAAGGGGUUGGACCUGGUGGAACAAGUACUGGACUUGGCAGAUAUGGACCUGGGGGCAUUGGACCGGGAGGUGUCAUCACUGGGACUGGAGGCUUUGGACCAGGUAGUGCUGACACAGGUAGAGGAGGUGGGUUAGGACCAGGUGGUGCUGGCACAGGAACAGGAGGCUUUGGACCAGGUGGUGCUGGUACAGGAACAGGAGGCUUUGGACCAGGUGGUGCUGGUACAGGAACAGGAGGCUAUGGACCAGGUGGUGCAGGACUUGGAACAGGAGGCUUUGGACCAGGUGGUGCCGGCACAGGAACAGGAGGCUUUGGACCAGGUGGUGCUGGCACAGGAACAGGAGGCUAUGGACCAGGUGGUGCAGGACUUGGAACAGGAGGCUACGGUCCUGCAGGGCAAGGAUUUGGAAAAAGAAAACCAUAUAAAUCAGGUGGCAUAGGUACAGGAAGUGGCAGAUUUGGGCCCGGUGGAGUUGGACUAGGUGGGGGCAGCACAGGAACAGGAGGAGGCUUUGGACCAGCUGGAGCCGGCACAGGAACAGGAGGAGGUAUUAGACCAGGUGGUGCCGGCACAGGAACAGGAACAGGCUUUGGACCAGGUGGAGCCGGAACAGGAACAGGAGGAGGCUUUGGACCAGGUGGGGCCGGCAGAGGAACAGGAGGAGGCUUUGGACCAGGUGGAGCCGGCACAGGAACAGGAGGAGGCUUUGGACCAGGUGGAGCCGGCACAGGAACAGGAGGAGGCUUUGGACCAGGAACAGGCUUUGGACCAGGUGGAGCCGGCACAGGAACAGGAGGAGGCUUUGGACCAGGUGGAGCCGGCACAGGAACAGGAGGAGGCUUUGGACCAGGAACAGGCUUUGGACCAGGUGGAGCCGGCACAGGAACAGGAGGAGGCUUUGGACCAGGAACAGGCUUUGGACCAGGUGGAGCCGGCACAGGAACAGGAGGAGGCUUUGGACCAGGUGGAGCCGGCACAGGAACAGGAGGAGGCUUUGGACCAGUGGGCCAAGGAUUAGCAAAAAGGAAACCACCUAAAUCUGUUUAUGGAGGAGCUGGAUAUGGAUCAGGAAUAUUAGGAGGAGGUACAGGAGUUGGUCCUGGCAGAGGUGGAACUGGAGGCUAUGGCCCAGGAGGUGCUGGAACUGGCAGCUACGGCCCAGGAGGUGCUGGAACUGGAGGCUAUGGCCCAGGAGGUGCUGGAACUGGAGGCUAUGGACCAGGAGGUGCUGGAACUGGGCCCGGAGGCUAUGGACCUGGAGGUGCUGGAACUGGGCCUGGAGGCUAUGGACCAGGAGGUGCUGGAACUGGGCCCGGAGGCUAUGGACCAGGAGGUGCUGGAACUGGCAGCUACGGCCCAGGAGGUGCUGGAACUGGAGGCUAUGGACCAGGAGGUGCUGGAACUGGGCCCGGAGGCUAUGGACCAGGAGGUGCUGGAACUGGCAGCUACGGCCCAGGAGGUGCUGGAACUGGAGGCUAUGGACCAGGAGGUGCUGGAACUGGGCCUGGAGGCUAUGGACCAGGAGGUGCUGGAACUGGGCCUGGAGGAUAUGGACCUGGUGGCCAAGUAGCAGGAAGCAGGAAGCCUCCUAAGUCAGGCUAUGGAUCAUCAUUGGGCGGAACAGGCUUUGUACCAGGUGGUGCAGGUGGUGUGGUGCCCGGAGCAGGUACAGGAGGUAUCUCUGGAGGGGCAGGAAAUAUAGCAGGAGGAACAGGGGUUGCUGCAAGAACAGGCCAGGGAGUAGGAGGAGCAGGUGGCUUACCAGGGGGCGUUGUCCCUGGAUAUGGUGGGACGGGGGGAGGAACCUAUCCAGGAUAUGCCGGGGCUGGACAAAAAACAAAGGCACAGAAGGCAGCCAAAUACGCAGCCCUGCAAGCCUUUCUGGGAGCUGGAGGCCAAAGAGGCACCGGCUGUCAGGGUAAAUACUGUGGCCGAAGGAGGAAGUGAGAGGCCCCUACACAGGAAGUGACCUCAUUAAAACAACGGUGGUGCUAUUGCAAUUUCACAGACUGUAAAUGUCUUAACCUGCGAUCGAAGCUAAAGCUUCAACACAUUCCAGAUGUUACACUUUUGUUUUGUUAUUAUAUAAUGGUCUCUUUCAAAAAGAGCAUUGGUUCUCAACCUUUAAGGGUCUUUGUGAUUCCUCAAAAUCAGCUGAUUGGUUUUGUUGUAAGGUGUGUUAUGCAUGUUGUCCAUUUUAUCAUCUCCCAAGAGAGAUCACAAUUCACAGUAGGAUUGGAUCGGGACACGUUUGUAAUAAUUUUUCGCUCCCUCAAUCACCUUGUUACUCUUCCAAGGACCGGAUUAACCAGGCUGAGAACCAGUUAAAUGAAGGAUGACGCUUUCUUUUUAAUUUGUGAUACAGUGUGGUGUUCAUUUUAUAUAUUGAACAUCAUGUUUUGUUACACAUGUUCCUGUGCAAGUAUCCCCAUGAAUCCUCUGGGUGAACAUUGCUAACAAGGACACCCUCAGGGUAGCUCCUUCAGACCUGUCUGCAUGCUGACACAAGGUUUAAAAGUCUCCAAUGCCACACUUUUAUCCAGUGUGACUGGAUUUGAGGUCUGCAGAAGGAGAUAUACAUUUGAUUAAUUCACUGUUUUUAGCUCUUGCAUCAAUGUGCUAACACUUGAAUGUUAUAUUGUGUAACUGAUCUUAUCUAGACAAAGGACUGGCAACUUCUGUUUUGGUGGUAUUGUGAACAAAAGGGAGGAUUUUUUUCAUCGUGUGGUGUUUGGAUUGGUCAUGAUCUGAUCCUUGAAAAGAAUUAUAACUUUAGGCUUCAGAAGUAUGAAAGUUAAAGAUGUAGGUUCUCAGAUGUUAACACUUCAUUCAGAACACAAAGGCACUGUUUUAAAGCGUUAUAACACUAAUGUUUAUAAGUGUUAACUUUGCAUUUUUUCCCAUCAAAAUGGUGUAUUUUUUAUUAUGGUGUGGCUUAGACCUGACUUUUUGUUGUUGAGAGACACAAUUUAGCUAAAUGUGAGUUAUUAUGAUAAGAACAUUUUAAUGACAUCCGAAAAGCAUUGAUUACUGUUUUGUUUUACUUAUUUUAGCAUUGCUGGUAAAUUGUUCACUUUUGCAAGCCUUUUAAAUUAUGACAAAAAGCAGAAAAAGAUGAGUGCUAUCUGUUCAGAGUAAUUUCUUUCACAAUUUUAAGUGCAGUAAUACAGUAUUACAUAUUUGAGUCAUUUUGUGUGUUUUUACACUUUUGUAUUACAAUAAUGAAAGAUACAUGCUUUGUCCUUGAUGCUUGCUCAUUCACUUUGAGCUCACGUGUGCCUCUGUCAUGUACCUCAUCAGGUGUUUUUAACAGCUGUGUUCUUUACGUGGCUCAAGAAAAUGA